AUGGCUGAAGUUAAAUACUUGGUUGUGCUACCAACAAAUCCCAACGAAUCAGACAGGAUGAGCAAAAUGGGUAUCCAAGGAUGUCUGAUGCAGGAACCAGAACAAUUCUCGAUCAAUUUUGUAAACAGUCCCAGCUGCACAGACAACAUAACAUAUCAUUUUAAAGUUAGGGUACCCGCACAGACGAUCGUCGAGAAUUACAAGAUCAAUGGCGAGUGGAGCGAUGCGCAUCAGGAGAAAUAUCUGAAUAUAUUCGAUGGUAAAAACGACAAGUCAAUGCCAAGCAUAUCCAGUAUUAUAGAUGACGGCAUCGAUGCCGUACUUCACUAUUCGUUCACAGAGUCAACCUUUUCGCUUGAGUUUCAAUUUGAUUACAAUAAUUCGACCAUACACGUUUACCAAGUGCGUGGCCAGGGUCACAAUUUCGUUACGAAAUUCGAAACGCUCUUUUCCCUAUCCGACAUACAGUCGAUUCAGGUGUGGGGCGAUGUCCAAAAGAUAAACCAAUUCUCAUUGAGUUACGAUUGAGGGUAGCUGCAAACCUGAUAAAUC